AUGGGCAAAGAGAAGACACACAUCAAUAUCGUGGUCAUUGGCCAUGUGGACUCCGGCAAGUCCACCACCACCGGGCACCUCAUCUACAAGCGUGGGGGGAUUGACAAGAGGACCAUUGAGAAGUUUGAGAAGGAGGCAGCUGAGAUGGGUAAGGGCUCCUUCAAGUACGCCUGGGUGCUGGACAAACUGAAGGCAGAGAGAGAGCGUGGCAUCACCAUCGACAUCUCCCUGUGGAAGUUUGAGACCAGCAAGUACUACAUCACCAUCACCGAUGCCCCGGGCCACAGGGACUUCAUCAAGAACAUGAUCACCGGCGCCUCCCAGGCCGACUGCGCUGUGCUCAUUGUGGCUGGCGGUGUGGGCGAGUUUGAGGCAGGCAUCUCUAAGAACGGGCAGACUCGCGAGCACGCGCUGCUCGCCUACACCUUGGGUGUGAAGCAGCUGAUCGUGGCGGUCAACAAGAUGGACUCGACCGAGCCGGCCUACAGCGCCACACGCUUCCAGGAGAUCGCCAAGGAAGUGAGUGCCUACAUCAGGAAGAUCGGCUACAACCCGGUGACCGUGGCCUUUGUGCCCAUCUCGGGCUGGCACGGAGACAACAUGCUGGAGCCCAGCACCAACAUGCCCUGGUUCAAGGGCUGGAAAGUUGAGCGGAAGGAGGGACACGCCACUGUGACCCUACUGGAAGCUCUGGACUCCAUCCUCCCCCCAACCCGCCCAGUCAACAAGCCCCUGAGGCUGCCACCACAAGAUGUGUACAAGAUAGGAGGCAUCGGCACGGUGCCCGUGGGCCGAGUGGAGACCGGCUUCCUGAAGGCUGGCAUGGUGGUCACCUUUGCCCCCAGUGGCCUCACCACUGAGGUCAAGUCUGUGGAGAUGCACCACGAGGCCCUGUCAGAGGCCCUGCCCGGGGACAACGUGGGCUUCAACGUGAAGAACGUGUCUGUGAAGGACAUCCGUCGUGGCAACGUGGCUGGAGACAGCAAGAACGACCCCCCAGUGGAGACCAGCAGCUUUGUGGCCCAGGUGAUCGUCCUGAAUCAUCCAGGACAGAUCCAAGCUGGCUAUUCUCCGGUGCUGGACUGUCACACAGCCCACAUCUCCUGCAGGUUUGCUGAACUGAGGGAAAAGAUUGACCGCCGCUCGGGCAAGAAGCUGGAAGACAACCCCAAGGCCCUGAAGUCGGGUGACGCUGCCAUCGUGCAGAUGGUCCCCGGCAAGGCCAUGUGUGUGGAGACCUUCUCCAAGUACCCGCCUCUAGGCCGUUUUGCCAUGCAGGACAUGAGGCAAACCGUGGCCGUUGGCGUCAUCAAGACUGUGGAGAAGAAGGCUUCGGCUGCGGCGAAGGUCACCAAGUCAGCGGUGAAGGCCAGCAAGAAAUGA